AUGUUUAAAUCCAGUCUUUCCUCAUACAUGCCUUGGUUCAAAAAGUCCAAGGCCUCCACCGCUCCCUCCACCACGCCUGGGCCCUCCACGUCGUCUGGUGGGCUCGACCACAAAGACGACCUGCUUGUGGUGCCACUGACAGAUCAUCAGUUGAUCAACAUCUCCAUGAGAGACGAGGACGACACCCAGUCGUUCGUGGAGAUCCAGUACCGCAAGUUGACCUACGCAGAAGCUGCGUCGUUGUCGCUGCCUGGCAGGGUGGCGGCAGUGGCGACCCCCAGCCCGGGGGGCCACGCCAGGCCCCGCCAGCCUCGCCACACCCACAAUCAGUACCUGGUGUUGGGACACGAGGAGUCGUUGGAGUACGAGCCGUACAAGUCGGACAUCAGCUACCGCAAGUCCCAGCAGUUCAAGACCAAGCAGUACGAAACGAUACAGAAGAAGAAGCAGCGCAAUGCCUACAAGAAGGCGCGGGCGUAG